ACACUCGCAAGGUCGGCGCCCCUCCUCGGCUCCUCCCAAUCUCCAAACAGCCCAACGGAAAUGCUAUAUUUGCAGAAAAGCCCCCGUUCAAGUCCGACAUCCCGAAAGAAGGCGACACUCGGAGGGCUUUCCUGCAAGUUUCGAGAGCGGCAAAGAAGCACUAGGGCAUCCACCUCGGCGGCGGCGGCGGCCUCCAUGUCGACCCCUUCCGGCAACGGCAACGGCGGCGGCGCCACCUCCUCCUCCGCGCUCUACGAUUUAUACGGCCCUAACGCGAAGCCUGAUGUUGUUUUCAAGGAGGCUGCUUUAAACUCCACACUAAAUCUGCAGGACGUUCAGGGUCUAGUUACUUGGGUUAUUGGUGAUGGCAUGCUGCCUUCUUGGGUGUUUGUUAAGAACAAACCUCUUAUACCCAGAGUUGUCCUACUAUAUGUUCCUGGCCUUGAUGCAGCUUUAUAUAUGUCACAAACUCGACUUCUUUCUUCUCUGAAAGAAUUAUGUGGCAAUCCAAAACCUGUUCUAGCUUCAAGCAGCUGUAUACCGGAUGAGAGGCACACCAUUGAUGCACUCCUAACCUGCAGAAUAAAGAGAAAGCGUGAUGUAAAAACAUCAAAUCAGUCAUCUAAACCUGACAUAGAUGGAAAACUAUCAAGUCUGGAUGAUCUUGGGGACAUACCAUUUCCUGUUACAUAUUACACACUUUCGAUGAAAGACUUGGAAGAUAAUGGCUACUCUUUCAAUUUACCAGGUUUUGUCCCUACUGUUUCAGCUCCUUCAGGUUCCUCACCACAUAAAGUUCUUGCACUUGAUUGUGAAAUGUGCGUGACAGAAGCUGGAUUUGAGCUUACAAGAGUGACACUAAUUGAUAUUAAAGGAUCGGUGGUGCUAGAUAAACUAGUUAAGCCUGCUAAUCCAAUCAUUGAUUACAAUACAAGGUUCAGUGGAAUCACUGCUGAGAUGUUGGCUGACGUGUCCACAACCCUACAGGAAAUUCAGGAAGAGUUUGUUGGACUUGUACAUAAAGAAACAAUUCUUGUCGGGCAUUCCUUGGAAAAUGACCUUAUGGCAUUACGGAUAUCCCAUGGUUUAAUCAUCGAUACAGCUGUUUUGUACAAGUAUAAUCGAGGGUCUCGCUGUAAGAUUGCAUUGCGUGUCUUGACAAAAAAAUUUCUCGGCCGGGAGAUCCAGAACACAGGAUCUGGGCAUGACAGUGUGGAAGAUGCUAGGGCUGCUCUAGAACUUGCUAUAUUGAAAAUCAAACAUGGUCCUGAUUUUGGUUCCCAACCAUCAUUGUCAAGGCGGAAAUUGACAUCUAUACUGCAUGAGAGUGGGAAAAAAUGCUCCCUUAUUGAUGACGUGUCUGUUCUUGAGCGAUAUUCAGAUACUUCUUGCAAUUCAAUUGCUGUUUUUUCUGAUGAUGAUGCCCUCUCCAGAUCAAUGAAGGAGGUGAAGAAUGACAAAGUUGCCUUCGUUUGGACUCAGUUCUCAGGAUUGAUAUCUUACUUCCACCGAAGAGCUCAAGAUCCAGAGAAGUUGAAAUCAUGUGUCGCAGAGGCUAUUGCAUUAAAAACAUGUGAUGGAAAAACUGCUUCAAAAAAAGCAAGAAGUCAAAUUUGUCCCGAAUUAAAGGAAAUUUUGUGUGAAUUGGAUAAAAAGAUAAGGCAAUUAUAUAGUGCCCUACCUGAUAAUGCUAUGCUUAUUGUAUGCACUGGCCAUGGUGAUACUCCUCUAGUACAAAGAUUACGGAAAAUGCUUCACCAUGAAGAAGAAACAAUAGACAGCCGGGAAACUAUUGUUCAAGCUUUGGGAGAUUUACAAGCCCAAGCGGAAGUUGCUCUAUGCUUCUGCUGCGUAAAACAUUAAUUAUAAUGGAAUGAGGUAAAACAUAAAGAAAGAACUUUAGCCACUGCUGACAGAAGCGCGGUAAAUUGACAAUAUGAAACGUGAACCUGAUCCUGGAUGCAGCAGAAUGCUUGAUGAAUUCCAAUUAUAUGGGCAUCUAUUGAGUUUGUUGACCCCAAACUGUUCUUGAUGGACAGAAGCUCAGAGCUGAAUUCAUUAAUUUAUGGCUAGACCAGUAUGUUAUGGUUGCUUGUUGCUCUCACUCAAAUCUUCAAGUGGGUUCGUUGUAUAAUACAAAAUUGGGUGUAGUUCUGGAGCCAACUAUGUGGCUUUCUUACCUUCAGUGACAGAAAUAUUAGUUACCUGUUCAUGACUGCUCUCUGGAAAGUUCUUAAAUUAGUUGAUGGUGUACUUGCCACUGAUGCGCGGCUUGUUUUAUCUUUUAAGGAAGAACAAAUUGGUAGAUGGGAGCAUGAUUGAUCGAGGAGUUUGCCAUCACUAACUUAUAUUGUAAGAAAUAUUUUCUAUACCUUUUAUAAAAGAACCAUGUUCAUUAUA